ACGCGGGGGGAGCUUGGCUGAUGCAACGUGGCCACGCUUGCAAGGCUCCGAGCUCCCUCGCCUGUUCUCCAGGUGUCACGACGGAGCGGACGCGUCCGGAUCGCACCCCGAGGUGCUGGAGCAAACCCGGUGCUGUGGCAGGCAGUCCUGAGCCCUAAACUGUGACUUCCAAGACAACAAACAAGAUUGCUACACCAAGGAGAUAUAAUUUGUGAAGUUAAGAAGCCAAGGACUGAGAGGACAGAAAAUGAGAGUGGGCAUGCUGCUGUAACCUUUUUUUUGCCUGUUGCAUGCUUAGAUGAGCACGUAAGAUACCUUCGCUGCAUGCAAUUAGCUCUGCCGAACCAUGCCUGGGAGCCUUUGCAGGGAGACGGCUGGCGCUGCCCGAUAGGCAGGCAGGAGCUGUCCUGUGCCAACGCUGCCCCUUCCCUGAACCCUUUCUCUCCCUGCCCCCACUCCGUGAGCUGGCACACAUUCCUUCCUUUCAUAUCUGACCUUGGCCACCACUACGUCUGUGAAGGCUUGAAUCCUUUUUUGCUUUGGAGAGGAGUCGGCAAGCGUGUGUGCCUGUGUGUGCAUCUCGUAGCAUAUGCAAUUCACGGAGUCUAGAGGACACUGUCUCCAUGUGUGAAUCUUUGUAUGCUUAUAGUGUCCAAACUCUUUUAAUUGGCUGUGAUUGAGGGUAGGCACAGACGACGCAAGGGCAAAGUGAGAACCCCUCUUUGUAUGGGUGGGUUGUCCGUAUGUGUGUGCAUGAACUGAUCGAGUGAUGUGUGUGAGCUUAGUUCGUGUUUCAGUGCAUCAAUCCCAUAGAGAAUUUUGUAGGCAUGUGCAUCUGCGACUGCACAACAGUGUGACACACACGAAUGCCCACAUCUGUGGGAGUGUGAGAGAGAUUUGCUAAUGUGCAAGGAGUGUAUACACUUUUAGCAGUUCACUUUCCGUUUCCCUGGUCCCAUGGUACACGCGAGCCUGUGCUAGUUGCAGGAGAAGAGUCUUUUUUAGGGUGUGACAUAAUUGUGGACAGACAAGUGUGAAGGUGUGUGAUUGUGCAAGGGCCCUAGGAUUUAGCCGCGUGCACAAUUUGUGUGUGUGUAUCACAUCCCUCCACCAAUGGAGAAAUCCAAAGCGGACCUCGAAUCUGCAGCAAACGCCGAAGGCGAAUUCAAUCAAGAUCUGCUCACUGAUGAACCCGAUACCCGCCCGGCCUGGGGGUCCAAAGUUCAGUAUAUCCUGGCCCAGGUUGGCUUUUCGGUUGGGCUUGGCAACGUCUGGCGAUUCCCCUACCUCUGCCAUAAAAAUGGGGGAGGUGCCUUCCUGCUGCUGUACCUGCUGCUUCUCUUCAUCAUUGGGAUCCCCUUGUUUUUCUUGGAGCUGGCGGCUGGGCAGAUUAUCCGGCAGGGCAGCAUCGGGGUCUGGAAGUACAUCAGCCCUCGCCUGGUGGGCAUUGGCUUCGCCAGCUGCGUGGUUUGUUCCUUUGUUGCCCUGUAUUAUAAUGUCAUCAUUGCAUGGAGUCUUUUCUACCUGGCUAACUCCUUCCAGUUACCCUUGCCUUGGACUGAUUGCCCAGCAGCAACCAAUCAAACUGCUCCAGAAACGGAGUGUGGCCACAGUUCUCCCACCGUCUACUUCUGGUACCGCAAGGCCUUGCAUGUGACCAACUCCCUUGACGAGAGCGGAGGCCUUGACCCGGCUCUUACCGGCUGCCUCUUUGCCGCUUGGGCUCUUGUGUGCCUGGCAAUGAUCAAAGGCAUCAAGUCCUCUGGCAAGGUUCUGUAUUUCAGCUCUCUUUUCCCCUACGUGGUCCUCUUGUGCUUCCUCGUACGGGCGCUGCUGCUAGAAGGAGCGGUUGAUGGGAUCAGAAUCAUGUUCACACCCAAUCUGUCCAUCUGGAGAGACAUGCAGGUCUGGCGCCAGGCAGCCACCCAGGUGUUCUUUGCCCUGGGGCUGGGCUUUGGGACCAUCAUUGCCUACUCCAGCUAUAACCCGCGCCACAACAACUGCCACAUCGACGGGCUGCUGGUGUCUGGGAUCAACUUCCUUACUUCAGUGCUGGCCACACUUGUGGUGUUUGCUGUGCUGGGCUUCCGUGCCAACAUGAUCACACAGGACUGUGUGGAGAGGAAUACAAAAACCCUGUCUCUUCUAGCAUCAAACGGCUCCCUCCCUGCCACGCUGCCCCACCUUGGAAACUUCUCUGACCUCUCGGCUGCUGAGUACAGCGCUUGGUAUCAGGGUCUUCCGAACGACACAGCAGAGUGGCUGCAGAUGUGGAAGAUCAGUGACUGCCGCGCAGAGGAUGAGAUGCACAAGGAUGUGGAAGGCACAGGACUGGCUUUCAUCACUUUCACGGAGGCCAUGACCCUCUUUCCAACCUCCCCAUUCUGGUCGGUGCUGUUCUUUUUCAUGCUGCUGAACUUGGGGCUGAGCACUAUGCUGGGGAACAUGCAAGGGAUCAUCACUCCAUUGCUGGACAACUUCCACAGCCUCCAGCGCCGGCGGACCCUCUUCACAGUGCUGUGUUGUAUUAUUGGAUUCCUGCUGGGCCUGGUUUUCGUGCAACGGUCAGGCAGCUAUUUUGUGUCCAUGUUUGACGACUACUCUGCUACCCUGCCCCUGCUUAUUGUUGUGGCUUUUGAAGCUUUUGCCGUGGCCUGGAUCUACGGAGCAGACAGGUUCUUAAGCGACAUAGAAGACAUGCUGGGCUGGCGGCCUUGGAGGAUCUACAGCUACAUGUGGCGCUUUGUCAGCCUGGGAGCGAUGCUGUGCCUGCUGCUAGCGAGUCUGGUGCACAUGGCUAUGAAGUGGCCCACCUACCAGGCCUGGAACAGAGAAAAGGCAGAGGAGCAGAUGCUGGAAUAUCCUCCCUGGGCCCUGGGCCUCCUCGUAGGCCUCAUUGUUCUGGCUGCUCUCCCCAUCCCAGUGAUGUUUCUCCGGCAGCUUUUGAAGGAUUGGUUUGCCCAGCGUGGCAGCCGGUCUGGCAUGGUGAUGGCGCCUGUACCCACAGAGGAUGACGACGAGGUGGCAGAAAGAGAGAGCCCCGCUGAUACUGAACACCAAGGCAACGGGUACUUGCUUGUCCAGGCAGAAGAUGGGCAAGACUGACGGGAGGCACUUCCAGCUGGAAUGUACCACGUGGAGGACAUCGGACCUGCUCCGGCUCCUCGAUCCUCCUGACCAUUGGCUAUAUUUUCCAGCCUCUGAUAGCGGCGACCAUGUUUGUUUAGACACCCACCCACACCCCCAGUGUGCUAUUUAUGGCUUACAAGGCUGGUGCAGCUUUGGGGGGGGGAAGCGAUGUGAGCAUGAAGACUUUCGUGCAGCUGGCCCCAAUGCCUCCUUCACACCUGCCGCAACCAAGGAGAUGAAAAAUGAAUGAAAGAGGACCUCAGAAGUGAUGUGGGGGCAAUCCAAGAAAAGCUGCUGGAUUACUAAUUGUUUUUAAAGAACACCUUGUGGCUUUCACUGCUGCCACUGAGCCCCAUUUCCCUUCGCUAGAAUCGCGAUGCCUUGUUGCAGUGCCUCCACUAAAACGAUGGCGCAGGAACGUUUGAGAGCUGAAGUUAAUUUGAUUUUGGAGGGCCACGCAUGUUCCAGAGGCAAAAAGUGACAACUCUUGGGAUUCCAGUAGUAAAGGAAAGCUUGAGAUCUGAUGAGGCAUUGACUCACUGUUACAGGAUCCUCCCGCUCUCCUUCACAUUCAUCCCAUGUCUCCCUCCCUCCCUCCCUCCCUCCCAUU